UUUUUUCUUAUUUUCCCCUUAAACAUAUGAGAGGGUUUCAUUCACAAAUAUACGAACGGAUUUGUUGUAAAACUACGUUUUAAAUGUCCUACGCAGUGCGCAUGCGUCAGCUGCACGUGUGCGGAAGAGAGCUGCUUCGGGUCGCUGAAUGAUGUCAACUGCAACGUACAAACACGUCUUCCUGACAGGACCUCCAGGUGUGGGGAAAACCACUCUGGUCCAGAAAGCCUGUGAAGCUCUAGUGUCCUCAGGAGUUGGAGUGGAGGGCUUUUACACAGAGGAGGUCAGGCAGGGAGGCAGGAGGGUGGGCUUUGAUGUAGUCACCCUGACAGGAGAGAGGGGCCACCUGUCCAGAAUCAGAGAUGGAGGCGCCGCGUCUCACGGCGGACGGGAGUACACUGUGGGGCAGUAUGUGGUCGACUUGCCUUCGUUUGAAAAUCUGGCUCUCCCCCUCUUUAGAAACGUGGGUUCGGCAGAUGGGAGCUCCAGGAAGGUGUUUGUCAUCGACGAGAUCGGGAAAAUGGAGCUCUUCAGCCAGUCAUUCAUUAGGGCGGUGAGGCAGACGUUGGAUGGCUCUUGUUUUGCUAUUAUGGGAACCAUCCCCAUCCCCAAAGGAAAACCGCUGGGCCUGGUCGAGGAGGUGCGGAGCCGGAGAGACGUCAAGGUUUUCACUGUGUCCAAGGAGAACAGAAACACUAUUCUACAAGACAUUUUACCAGCGCUACAAGAAUGCCUAAGACCUACGACCUAACGGGAAAACUGGGCCGUUGCUGGGAGAAUCUCCGAAGUCUGUGGGUGCUUUUGCUGACAGCGGGUUUUGUACGCGUCAGCACAUCUACACAUCACACAAACAGACUAUUUAAUGGAUUUGUGUUGGGUUAACAACAGGGGUUGUGACCUAUAGUGCGGUACGCUGAGGGCCAUGGCGGAAUGCCGGAAGAGUUAGGAGUGUCACAUGCAUGUAUUUAUGUACACAGUUUCUCUCUUUUCUUUCUCAUAUGUCCUCAAAAUGGAUUGCAUGCUGAAUAAUUGAUUGUCAGAUGGAACACAGAUGGGAAAUUCUCCAGCUCAUGUUUAAAGAAGCCCUGAUGUCCAAGUCAAAGACGACAGAGUCUUAAGUUCCUCAUAGAGUCCAGUCGCCAUUCCUCAUUUGAUGGCUUGUAUCAUUUUGGUUUUUCAGUUUAAGUGGAGCCUUUUUGGAUAAAGGUGUAGGCUAAGCAGUGUUCUGCUUAUUUCAUUCUCUAUUAAUAGAAUUAUUUGCAUUGGCAACCGUCCGUGCGUUUGUCUAGUCAACCUGAGGCUUCACCCAUGGAGAAUCGUUCAAUAUUUAAUGGUGCAACAUUGUGCAUUUCUUUCAUGGUUUAUUCAUCCAUUGCAUGAACAAUACCAUAAAUAAAAACUUUUCUUUGUGCU